AUGGAUGAUUAUAGAUCAAAAUGUUAUGGUGAUGGUAUUGAACAAUAUCGUGAACCCCAAUUUUCUAAUGGUUACGGUGCAACUUCUGUUGGUGCACCACCCUUACCACCACCUCCAGCCCAUCACAACAAAGAUUCGAAGCUUAAGAAAGGGAAAAGCACUAGUGGGUCAUCUUGGAAUUUCAAUGAUCCUGAGUUUCAGAGGAAGAGAAGAGUUGCUAGUUAUAAAGUUUAUUCUGUUGAAGGCAAAGUGAAAGGCUCUUUAAGGCGGAGUUUAAGAUGGUUUAAAGAUAAGUGUACACAAGUUUUAUAUGGAUGGAGGUGA